GCCCCCGGGGAGGAGGAGCGCGGCGGGUGCUCCCCAGGUAGCCGCCUCCGCCCUCCCUCUCCCACUGCUCUGCUCCGCGGCCUCUCGGGAUCAAGGCAGGAACUUAACGCCGCGCGUCCCCGGGCGCCGCUCCGCAGACCCCAGGCGCUUCCACGGCCCGAACGCGGAGGCCACUCCGGCCUUGCGGAGAGAGAGGCCGGGAUUGUCGCCGAGAUUUGGGGGUCGGGGACGCCGGGACGGAGGGUCUGGCGGCCGCAGGGACCACCCGCCGACGGGGCUUCGGCCCGGGAACUGCAGGAACAUGCGCCCAGAGCCUCAGUUUGUUUGGCAGUUACCAGACUAUGUUUACACUUCUGGUUUUUCUCAGCCAACUGCGCAUAGUUACCUUCGCGUUUCCUCAUUGCACAAGAAGUCCAAAGGAGUCUGGGCAUGCUGGAGAAGAAGUCUUCACAUCAAAAGAAGAAGCAAACCUUUUCAUACGUAGACACCUCCUAUACAAUAGAUUUGAUUUGGAGCUCUUCACGCCCGGUGACCUAGAAAGAGAGUGCAUAGAAGAACUUUGUAAUUAUGAGGAAGCCAGAGAAAUUUUUGUGGAUGAAGACAAAACGAUGGCAUUUUGGCAAGAAUAUUCCAUCAAAGGACCAACCACAAAAUCAGAUGGCAACAGAGAAAAAAUUGAUGUCAUGGGCCUUCUGACUGGAUUAAUUGCUGCUGGAGUAUUUUUGGUUAUUUUUGGAUUACUUGGUUACUAUCUUUGUAUCACCAAGUGUAACAGGCAACAAUAUCCAGGAAUUGUUUACAAUCGCCAAGACAUGGAAGCAACACAAGUGUCCAUCAACAGAUGGAUAAAGAAGAUGUGGCAUACAUAUAAUGGAGUAUCACUCACCCAUAAAAAAAAGAAUGAGAUCUUGCUACUUAAGACAACAUGGAUGGACCUAGAGGGUAUUCUGCUAAAUAAGUCACACAGAGAAAGACAAAUACCAGAUGAUUUCACAUAUAGGUAGAAUCUAAGAAACAAACAAACAAAAUGAACAAACAAACAGACCCUUAAAUGCAGAGAACAGAUUGAUGGUUGUCAGAGGGAAGGUGGGUGGGGAGAUGGGAUGAAAUAGAUAAAAGGGAUUAAAAGGUAUAAACUUCUGGUUAUAAAAUAAAUAAGUCACAGGGAUGAAAAGUACAGCACAGGAAAUAUAGUCAAUAAUAUUUUAAACAUUGGUGACAGAUGGGGACUACCUUUAUCAUGGUUAGCACUGAAUAACGUAUAGAAUUGUUGAACAUAUGUUGUACCUGACACUAAUAUAACAUUGUAUAUUAAUUCCAUAACUAGUAACUGCUUAUAAUAAUAGAAAGAAAAAUAUCUUAAUAUAAAAUUAUUGGCAUAUAUUUCUCUCAUUCAGCAGUCUGAAUUCUUGUAGUACUUUGGGUAGUGGAUUUUUUUUGUUUGAUCUGUUUUAUUUGUGCUUCUUCCCCAAGAAACUUAUUAGUGUUAACCAUUAAAUCUAUUUUGAAAUAAGGUUUGUAUUUAGGGGCGCCUGGCUGACUCAGGUGGAAGAGCAUGGGACUCUUGAUCUUGGGGUAGUGAGUUCAAGCCCCAUGUGGGGUGCAGAGAUUACUUAAAUAAAUUAAAAAAAAACAACACUUUGAAAUACAGUUUGUUUUUAACUAGAUCAUUACAACUCCUCCAUUACAAUCAGGAAAUGAUGGAAUAUGGGUAUAAAAAGGGAACUGGACACGAAAAAAGACAAAUAGGCAUUAAAAGGUUAUACCUUCAAUAGGAUAUUUAAUUCUACACAGAAUAUUGUUUUUUCAAAAUGAAAAAAUCAAAGAGCACAAAUUGUGUCAAAGUUUUUCAUUUAAUAAUGUACCCUCUGAUGGGGCAUGUGGGUGGCAUCCGACUCUUGAUUUCAGCUCAGACUGUGGUCUCAUGUUCAUGGGAUCAAGCCCUGCAAUGGGCUCUGUGUUGAUCAUGGAGCCUGCUUGGGAUUCUCUCUCUCCCUCUCUCUCUACCCCUCCCCUGCUUGUGCAGAUGUGCACACAGACGCCUCUCUCUCUCUCUCUCUCUCUCCCUCUCACUUUCUCUCAAAAUAUAUAAAUAAACAUUAAAAAUAAUAAUAGGAGCACCUGGGUGGCCUAGUCAAUUAAGUGUCUGACUCUUGAUUUCAGCUCAGGUCAUGAUUCAGCUCGGUUUGUGGGACUGAGCCCAGCAUCAGGCUCUGCGCUAACCCUGUGGAGUGUGCUUGGGAUUCUCUCUGUCUCCCUCUGCUCCUCCCGUACUUGUUCUCUC